AUAUUUAUAUUGUCUAAUUUGAAUUCAGGGGCCAGGUUAUCCGAAUCAGGUUGGAAUUGAAAUAUCAACACUACAGUUCCGCACAAGUGACAAGACACCAUGAAACUCUUGAUCGUUUUCACCACUAUCCUGGCUUUAGCCACGGCUGCUAUACUCCCGUUUCAAAUAUCCAAGAGCCAAAAUGGUAUGAUCGAAGAGAAUGAUGGACACGUCGGUACCAACUACGAACGCAUGCACGAACAAGAAGAACGGGAAUCGAUCCCUAACUCUUUUGAUGCAAUCGUUAAUAACAUGCGCCUAAACGCUAGGUAUUUGACCGAAAACGAAGGACUUGUAAAGGACGAGAUUUCCAUACCGGACACCGUCAACGUCGGCAGCAUUUCCGAUACACUAUUCACCGGUAUCCGCGUCAAGGGGAUGACACAUUUUGCCAGUCAAAAUAUAACUAUGUUAUGGGGAGAAGACGUAGUCAACGCCGAAAGCAGCUGGAACGAACUCUGGGUCGACGGGCUGUAUCAUUACACAAACACGGCCGGAAGAUUCACGGGAGUGUUUAGAAUCGUGAUGGCCGAUUCCAAAUACGUGGGCAACACGUCACUCACAAAGAACUCGAACACCUACCCAACUAUGCCGAUCGCUGGCUCCGUCACUUUCCGAAAGGCCAUCAUAAAACACACCAAACUACCGGAAUUGUUCCAAAACGAAAAACCUCAGUUCGAGUACUUCAUUAAAAACGUUGUCUGCCCAUACGUCGCUACUGCCGUUGCUGAAAACAUGUACAACGAAGUUUCCAUGAGCAUCAGACAGGCCGUCAGACCAUAUCUAACGUACCAAAGCAAUAACAUCGCAAAUGACGCCACCUCGUUCAACGGUUUUCUCGACAACGGUAACCAUUUUGAAUUCGAAAACAUCCAUUUCGUCAACACCCAGAACAGUUUGGCCAAAAUCUCAUUCGUUCAAAUGAACAACACUGAGGAGACAAACACCGUCAAACUUCAACUCCGCUUGUUGAGUUUGAUCGGAGAAUCUAACUGCGUCGUAUCUAUAGAAGGCAAGACCUACAGUGGAAAAGCCAUAUUCAAAUUCGAACCAGUCAUGGUCGUACCCACCUUGAACUUCAAUGACAAAACAGUUCAAACCAAAGUUUCAAUCAAAACUGCUCGGCUUGCAUUCAAAAUUCAAGAACAAAAUGCAAUCGAUUUAAGCUAUACCGAGGAACAAUUGACGAAACACCUGGUUACAUACUUCAUUGAACAAAUUGUUAAAAAUACCAAUCAAAACAUUAAAAAUAUUUUGUAAUUCACUUCUGUAAAUCAAAA